AUGAGACACAGCCAGUUUCCAGCGAAAAAAAGACGCGAUGCUAGCAGCGAUGUGAUUUGCGGCGCCGGGAUGGCUGGAAAGUUGACUCUCUCCACUGCAUCCGCUAUAAAUAGCUGCACGAGUGGCUGGACGCAAAUCAGCAUGCUUAUUACGGUGAUGAUUCCCCGGUUCAGCGUGCCUGAUGUCAGUCAAUCCGUGGGUUGCUGCUGCUCCGUGGCUGAGCAGGGUGGCAGUACGGUCACCACUGCAGUGGCAGUGUCCUCAAAGUCAAAAGAAGCUUUGGAAGAAGAAUCGCCGGAAUGA